AUGGGCAUGACAGUCCCUGGCGCCGGGAUUGUGUUCCUCAGCUCAGCAGAAGCUGCGUACGACUGGCUCAAGGUCGCCGUCGUCGGCUAUGACGAGGGCGACCUAAGCGACGCCACCGCCUGGCGCUCCUACGGCCGGGGCACCCUCGACGGGACCAUCCCGACACGGUGCCCAACGAUCGACGUCACUGGUCCCUCGGCCACCGCGCUGUCCAGCGACACCGCCGCCAUCCCCAGCAUCUACAAAGCCGACGACGAGAGGAUUGCGAAGGCACUCGCUUGGUACUGCCACAUCCACCCCGCCUCCCUCCUACCUAAUGCUGUCAUCCGUCAUGCGCACGAGCAGAAGCGACUCGAUGCGAUCGAACGCAAGCGGAGAUCCGAGAGACCGCCCGAACGCGAGCUAUUUGAGGCCAUGCAAACAAAGGAGAACUCGCAGGCCGUUUUCCGCGCCGGUCAGGAACACGAGCAGCAACGCAAGCGGGAGCGAAAGGCGUACUACGGUCAGUUCGAUAUCGACUUCCCUCGUGACCCGGCUCGGACGCUGCCGUUGAUUUAUUCAACUCCUUCGGCUUGGGCACAGAGAUAA